AUUGUCAACCAACUUAAUGGACUACCAAGAUUCAUUCCCCUCAGCACCUGUCCGUUAUGCUUUUGAUGAUGGUGAAAGUGACGAUGAUACCCUUACACUUGUUACUCGAGAUACCGUGACAAUCACAACAAACGUUACCCUCACUACCAAGACGACUCUUAUUCUCGGGCUGGCCGGACCAGGAAGUGUAUUCUUGGAGGCACAACAGGGUAAUGUAAAGGCAGUUGGUGAAGUCAAUGUACAGAAAAAUAGUGAAGAAUCUCAAAAGGUACCUGUGUUGGAACUUAGCCCUUCUGUAAUUGGUGUACCAUUCUCUUUGGCUGUACCUCAGGAACAAGCAUCUCAAUAUGCAGUCAACCUAUUAAAGUCCUUCAAGAUACCCUUGGACAGAGUGAUUAUUCUUGAUUCCUUUACGGCUGCAGAAUACACAUCUGAUGUGUGGGGAGAAGACCUGCAACCCCCUUAUAUGCGUGUUCUCCAAACCUCUGCCACACAAAGUAACCCAAAACUUAUUCAUUUUGAAGCACCCAAUAUGGUCAAGGGAUUUGAAGCGGCUCUUAUCACCUACUGUGAAAUCCAUGCCAUUCCAUGCUACUCUUUCCUCACUCUCCAGGAAUCAAUGCUUGGUAAAUUGUUGGUAACAACCGACACGCUAGACGGAUAUCUUCCAGGUCUCCAAGCACUCGGACUUUCUCUCAAUUAUGAUGAAACAAAAAUGAAUGACGUAUUAAAAUCUGGAAAGAAUGGUCGAGUAGAUGAACAUCAUCAUCGUUUGUAUCUAUAAAUCAAAUAAUAAUAAUAAUAAUAAAACAUACACCCACGCAUAC